AUGGCGCUCCCCUACCGCGGCUUCGACGGCGCCGGCCUCGACGGCCGGAAGCCGGUGCGCAAGGCAGAGAUCAACGGCGAGGAGGGUGUCUAUGUGGGCAGCCAAGGCUAUGUGCCUCGCUUGGUGCAGGUAGAUGUCCCAUGGCAGCGACCUCCCUCGUCGGGCGGAGUCAAGCGCUUGAGUCAGAAGCCACCCACCAAGUCGCUGCUGAAAACCUUGGGGGAUGAAUGCUAUGCUCCAUCCGGCGUGAUGUUGAGACCCGAUGAUUUAGUCGAUCCCAAGUACAAGACUAUGCCGGCGGGGCAUGGUGCCCAGCCCAGCCGGUAUGACCCGCAUCACUCUGCCGCGGCAAGUGCUCAGUUUGACGGCUUUUGCCCGGAGAAGCUCCUGAGUCAGCAGGCGAAGGCGGCCGCGUUGAAGUAA